CUAAACGCACGCACAGUCAAUAACAUUAUUGCAACAAAUUAGUAAAUAACAAAAUACACGUAGUUUAAUUAAGAAAUGGCUGUAAAUCUUGAUGUGACUAACAAAUUGGAGAAAAGUCCUAAAACAGUUUACAUAGGAAGUGUUACAAUAUGCCUGAAAUUAUUAGAUAACAUUAUUAAAAAUCCAAAAGAAGAGAAAUUCAGAAAGUUUAAAAAAUCUAAUCCAAAAAUCGCCAAUGAAAUGCUAAUUUUAGAAGGUAUUGAGGAGCUAUUCCUUGAUAUCGGGUUUGAAUUAGAUACUAAUGAGUUUGUCUUGCGUCGUGGAGGACUAGGUGUCAUAAAUAAGCUUAAAAUUUAUCGAGACUUCCUUCAAAAACGAUUAGAGCAUAUUAGGAACAAUGACUCAGCAAGUAUUAAGCCAUCAUCAUCAUCAGCUGUUAAUAAAAUUUCUUCCAAAGGUGCUAUUCAAAAGCCUUCCAUUGAAAAACCAAAAGAUUUAUUAGCUCCAAUAAAAAAUCAAGUGGCUCCAAUAAAAAUCACAGCUUGUAAACCAUUCCAACAGCGAAUUUCAUUUCCACAAUGCUUAAAGACCAACAAUGCCUUCUUGAGACAAUUAGAGCAACUGUCAGAUUCAGUAAUGCAAUAUGAGGAUGAAGAAUUAAAAAAAUCAGCACUAAGGAUAAUGCCAGUUGAAAAGUUUAAGCUUAAUGCCAUAGAAAAUUUAAGAAAGUUCCAAAAGCUUAUCAAACAGAAGGAAAUAACUGACGAUGAGCCACCUUUAGAUGAUUUUAUAUUAGAGGAACUAGCAGCAUGGUUCAAGAAUGAUUUCUUCACGUGGGUCAAUAGUAUGGACUGUAAAGUCUGCAAAGGAGAAACAAUCGCUAAUGGAACUAAAACAAUUGGAAAUGUAAGAGUCGAGCAGUAUUUCUGCAAUAAAUGUCAAGUUACAACUGAAUUUCCACGAUAUAAUGACAUUGAGAAGCUUUUAGUCACAAGAUCCGGACGUUGUGGUGAAUUUGCCAACUGCUUUACAUUCCUUUGUCGUUGUCUUGGCUAUGAUGCACGCUACAUUUAUUCAACAUCCGAUCAUGUUUGGACAGAAGUCUAUAAUCACACAAAAAAGCGAUUUAUUCACAUUGAUCCAUCCGAGAAUGUUUUUGAUUCGCCAUUAAUGUACGAGCAUGGCUGGAAUAAGAAAUUGGAGUAUGUUAUAGCUUUCACAUGUGAUGAUGUUCAAGAUGUCACGUGGAGAUACUCGAAUCAACAUGACGAGUUGCUUAAACGACGAAAAUUGUGUACAGAAGGUGAUUUAAUUUCGGCGAUAAUUGAGUUGCGUAGUAAGAGGCAAUCAAGCAUAUCUGUAGCUAGAAAGAAAUUCAUUAAAAUGCGAACAAUAUCUGAAUUAGCAGAAUUAAUGAUUCUUCGAGAACCAACUGAGAAUGAGAAGAAAGGACGAAGUUCUGGAUCUUUAGCAUGGCGAUUAGGUCGUGGAGAAACGGAAGUAGCUAGUAAUUUUAUUUUUAAGCUAUUGCCAGCAGAAAUUAAUGCUAAAGAAUUUAAUGUCCGUUAUUCUUGUGCGAAAAAUCGAUAUGAAAGAUUUAUUGGAACUAAUGUGAUUGAAUCAGCUACAGAUUGGAAGUCAUGGGAGUUUAAGUCUGAGAAUAUAUUCAGGAAGGUCGAGCAUGAUCAUAAAAUGGCAUAUUUGUCUAGAAAUGAAGACACGAAUGUUGGAACAAUUGAAUGGAAAUUUGACUUUAAUAAUUUAUCCAUAAAAUCAGUCAAGCUUAAAAUAGAGUCAGCAAUAUUUCAAACAGGCAAGCUGGAAGUUACUUACAUGGACCAAAAUGAUAAAAUUAUCACAUCCAAAGAUGAUCUUGUUGGACAAUCUAGAUUCAGUAUUUGUGUAAGGAUGUCAGAUGGAUCUGGAGAUUGUGCAUGGCAACAUGCUCAGCUGUUUAGACAAAAGCUUAAUUCCGAUGAAUUUCCAUUUGAAUUAUCAAUACAAUUUAAUUAACUUUUUUUCUAGUUUUUUAUUUCUAUUUUUUAAAUUUUAUUGAUUGUUAAUUUCCAUUUACUUCCGAAAUGGCGAUUUUUUUGAUAAUUUAAAAUUUUUAUAUGCAUUUUCAAUGUCUCUUAUGGUGAUAGCUAUGUUUAUUGAAUAAAAACUAAUAUAUUGAACAUCAAUUUUACAUAGACAUUUCCUAA